AUGCCUGGGCCAGGGAGAUACGAACGGGUCAAUGACCACGAUCACGAUGAGGACGACUUCCAAUCGUCGCAAGAGCCCAAAUCAUUGCAGCCAAUCCCCAGCUCUCCGCCACCGUCUUUUCACUCACGAGCCUCUUCUUUGACCCGACGAAGUCGCGUCGACCCGGACCUCGAAGACGCAUUUGAUGACGACGAUGCAAGUGAUGAUGAAGUCGACGAUACACAACGACUAGUGACUCAAAAUACCACGCCUUCGACCACCCACCUACCCCCUGUUGAUCAUGCCUCGUCCUAUCCUCGGACGACGCCAGCGCAGCCAAAUCCCUCGUCGGGCUCACGACCACGAGUUGUUGGAGGCGGUGUAGGCACUGAUGGCGUGUUUGCCAACAUGUCGGCACGUCCAGAGCGGACAGACUCGGAGAAGGAUGAACAGCCUCCGUCAUAUGAACAAGCCGCUGCUGAUGCUGCGCCGCCGUACUGGGAAACAACUAUACUUGCCCCAGGACUAGGUGGCUUGGACGAGGUGUAUGUUGAUGGAAUGCCUGUCGGCUCGGUAUUUUCUUUUAUUUGGAACGGCAUGAUCUCGACCUCGUUCCAACUCGUUGGAUUCCUGCUCACAUAUCUCCUGCACUCGACACACGCCGCCAAAAACGGGUCACGCGCAGGUCUCGGCAUUACGUUGAUACAAUAUGGUUUCUACAUGAAGGACUCUGGAAGCGGCGAGGCCCCGGCUAUGAGUGGCCCCGACGGAUACGCCGCACCCCCGGAUCCCAAUUCGCACGACUUCAACGCUGGUGACGUCACGGACGGUGGCUCAACAACAAUUACCGGCGGCGAAUGGAUGGCCUACGUGCUGAUGGUGGUGGGUUGGUUCAUUCUCAUCAAGAGCGUGGCCGAAUUCCUGAAAGCCCGGCGACACGAACAGCUCGUGCUGCAGAGUCCCGACCGAGGACUGGCUGUGCCUGUUAUUUCCGAAGGCGAAAGCCCGGAACGAGUGGUGUAG